AUGUCAUCUCAACCUCCACCGGCCAUACCUCCUCGGCCAGCUCGCUCUCCGCAACCCUCAUCGUCUUUGGAUAUGCCGAAAAUACCCCCACGUCCAGGUAACCGCCGCAAUGAUCGUUCUGUCUCGCCGAUGCGUGAUAGCUAUGCACCCUCACCCCUCAAUGAAUGGACCGGCCCCGGAAUGAGUCGUACGGUCUCAAAUGACCUGCCGCAACGCCCUCCUAGCGUCACGAUACCGUCUCUUGGUGAGGAGGGUAUUGAAUAUGCCGACCUCGAUCCGGGCAAUAUGUCGGAUAGCCACCAUCAAACCCCCGCGGAAACCCGCAAUGUUAGCAGUGAUCUGAAGAUCCAUGCACCGAGACCCUCUUUGCCAAAAUCAAGUGCUGAAGCAAAAGUGCAGGCUGUCACUCGCACCGAUUCCCGCCAGGCUGCUGCGGUCGGUCUGGGCCGUGGACUUUCACCUUCCCGCGAGGAACAAGACCGCUCCUCACAUUCUCGGGCGAGUGGAUCGCGUGCGGGGUCAACUGCCUCCAAUGAUCGCCGACACUCUGCCCAACUGACAGAUGAGCAGGGCUUCCGGGUGCCCAUGUAUCCCAAUGCCGGUGACGUGCAGGCGCCCUCUCCGAGUCCCUAUCUCGAUCAAGGCUCGCAUCGAUCGGGUCGUAACCACAACCGUACUCGAAGUGCUCGGGAUUCUUCGCUACCUCCGGGUAGCUACGGAUUGCAUGGACAUGGUGUUCAACAAUCCGACAAAUUCGAGAAGGCUUGGUAUGAAAAGCAUCCUGAUGAGUUCGUCAAAGAGGAAGGGCAAUAUGGCCCCGGUGUUGGCACUCCGCGCCCUGAUUGGGCAAUGAGCAGCGAUGAUUUGAACAAGAUUGUCCGGGGCUCUGCGCAGACUGGAUCGGGCCUUGGUACUUCCCCGAAUGUUGUGGGAACCCCCGAAGAAGAAGUCGGAUAUAUGGCAUCCGAUGAGUACAUGCAUCGCAUCGCAUCUCCUCCGCCUGACGCACGACACGAAAGCCAACCAAGUGUUGAAUCGCCACUUCGGCAAAUGAGUUUCCCCUCGGAAUCUGCACAAAAGAAACCCAUCGCAUCUCCACUGCGUCAUCGUAGAUCCAGUUCGCACGGUCACCAUGAACGUGGUGUGAUCCACGUUGAUGAUCCAAAGCAUCCUUUGCAUCACCCAGACGGAUUUUCUGCCACCCCAGCUGCAGAAGAGAAUGAGCCAACGUAUGAUGAGGCCGAGGAAGAAGAAGAACCGAUUCUGGCUGCUGAUCAAGUGCGUCCUGAAUCGGCGUACCUUCACCCCGCCAUUUCGCCCACAUUUGAUCGUCGGCCAAGCUUUGAAGAUGACGGCCGCAGUCGCACUCCCAGUAUCACACACAGUCGUUCAAACAGUCGAUCAGCGAGUGCUCAGGGUCACCAAUUUCCCGUGCUUUCCCGCUAUGAUUCACGGGAAGAUACGCAUACACCCUUGGAAGACGUCGAGGAAUAUGAGCCGUUGUUCCCCGAAGACGAUCACAAGAAGGAGAAACCAAAUUUGGUUGCGGAUCGGUUCAAGAAGCGACCCGACAUGAUCAAGCACAGAUUCCCUAGCCAGGAUAUCUGGGAAGACACCCCAAAUAGUCUACAGCUUCACGCUACAGUGACCACCCCAGAUCUUCCCAUACGGGGAUCCUCCGAGACUUUCGAAACACCCGAGCAAGAGGCCGUGCGCAGGAUUCAAACCACCAAAGUUGACUCACAUCAGGUUGCUAGUCAUAUUCUGGAAGGUGAAGGUGCGAGGGAAAAGCCCACGCGACCGGAACCAUUCAAGCAACGCUUUCCCAGUAGGGAUAUUUGGGAAGAUGUCCCUGAUAGUCAGCGACUAGUCACUACAGUUUCGCCCGCAAAGGAAGAAGUCAAAAGUCCCGACGUUCCGUCCAAGCCUAUCAUUCCCUUGCGCCCACAGAAACAGCCUCAAUCGACCUCACCAAUCGAAAAGCGACAGCCACCGGGAAUCCCCGAGAGACCGAAGCCCCAGGUCCCCACGCGUCCCGCUAAGUCUAGCUCCCAGGUUCCAGCAGGCAACGAGGAAGCAUCAAAGGAGGCCCCCGCUGUGAAGGCCAAGCCUGCCGUACCAGCUCGUCCAGGUGGAAGUAAAAUCGCGGCACUAAAAGCUGGGUUCCUUACCGACUUGAAUACACGUCUGCAGCUGGGCCCCCAGCAACCCAAGCCCAAAGAAACUGAGCCUGAGCCACCAGCCGAGAAACAGCCGUUGAGCGAUGCUCGCAAGGGAAGAGCCCGUGGUCCUGCUCGUCGCAAGCCUGCCGUUGAGAAGUCUAAUGUCCGCCUUCCCACUAUUCCUGAAAUCAAGAUCACAGAGUCCUUGAACGUCUGGCAGGUUGGUCAAGAUGGAAACCUGGUUGUUGGAGCCGGUAAGAGCGCCGAAAAGCCACCAAUUGCAGUAAAAGAAACCCCCGUGCCUUCUGAGCAGUCCAUGGCUUCUCCAAUCGCCAAGAAUACCGCGGGUGGAUCUGUGGACCCAACGCCCGAAUCGCCCGUCUCAGCAGAUGUUAUCUCUCCACAAACCACAACAUCAGAGGUCGUGCCCGCCGAUAUCUCAGCAGAGACACCCGAACCGAUUGAACCCUCUGUGAUAGCGGUUGAACCCGAAUCUCAACAAGAAAAGGAAGAGAAGGGAAAGGAGGAAGAAGCGACAGAAGUGCCCGAGUCUGCGAUCACUGCCCCGGUGGCCGAAAUUCCUUCAUCUUCACCCAAGCUGGAUGAUGCUCUUGAAGAUAUGACAGCGUCCGCGGAUGGAAAGAAGGAGUCAGAUGGCCACAUUCAUGGUGAACAAUAG